AGGAACCGGAUCCAGCUCUCCUUCGUCACGCUGGCACUGGAGGAAGACUUUGAUAUUGUAUCAGUUUACGAUGGACAACCAUCGCCUGGCAACCUGAAAAUGAGGUUGUCAGGAUUCAUGCUGCCCUCCCCUAUAGUCAGCAGCGGAUCUAUAUUGGCCUUGUGGUUUACCACAGACUUUGCCGUCAGUGCUCAGGGCUUCAGAGCUGUUUACGAAGUCCUGCCCAGCCACACAUGUGGAACCCCAGGCCUCAUUCCAAACGGGGUCAUUCAUGGUACGCGGUACAACAUGGGGGACAAGAUGCGAUACAGCUGCGAGUCAGGUUUUGUAUUGGAAGGACACAGUAUCCUCACAUGCAUUGUAUCACCUGGCACUGGAGCACAGUGGGACUUCCCAUCACCAUUUUGUAGAGCGGAGGGAGCAUGUGGCGGUACGCUACGAGGCACCGCAGGUUCGAUAACCAGCCCUGGAUACCCUGCAGAGUAUGACAACAACCUGGACUGCACGUGGUCAAUCCUUGCUGAGCCUGGGGACACCAUUGCUCUCGUCUUCAAUGACUUCUUGUUAGAGGACAAAUAUGAUUUCCUCGAAAUCGGUGGAACAGAAGCACCAAGCAUAUGGUCGACAGGUACGACCAUGCCCUCACCAGUGAUAUCAAACAAGAACUGGCUUCGGAUACAUUUCACCUCAGACAGCAACCAUAGAAGAAAAGGAUUCAGUGCACAGUACCAAGUAAAGAAAGCAAUAGAGCUGAAGUCCAGAGGGGUGAAGAUGAUGCCCAGCAAAGACUCCAGUCACAAAAAUGCUGUCUUAAGUCAAAGUGGCCUUGCUGGUGAUGUGUGUCCAGAUCCCGGAGUUCCAGAAUAUGGCAAGAGGAUGGGCUCUACCUUCCAAAUCGGCUCCAGCGUCCAGUUCAGCUGUGAUGACAGCUACGUACUGCAAGGAUCUAAAAGUAUCACCUGUCAGCGAGUCACUGACACCCUGGCUGCCUGGAGUGACCACAGACCCAUCUGCAGAACUCGCACCUGUGGCAGUAACCUAAGGGGGCCCAAAGGGGUCAUAACUUCUCCUAACUACCCUGUUCAGUAUGAGAACAACGCACACUGUGUGUGGGUCAUCACUGCAAUGGACUCUGGGAAGGUGAUAAAGCUGUCAUUUGAAGAGUUUGACCUGGAAAGAGGAUAUGACACACUAACGGUGGGCGACGGAGGAAAGAUAGGAGACACUCGGAGGGUUCUCUAUGUACUCACUGGCUCCAGUGUUCCUGACCUCAUAGUCAGCUUGUCCAAUCAGAUGUGGCUGCAUCUGCAGUCUGACGACACCAUCGGGUCAGCAGGGUUUAAGGCGGUCUAUGAAGAGAUAGAGCGGGGAGGCUGCGGUGAUCCCGGGGUGCCGGGAUUCGGUCGGCGCAGCGGUGAUCGCUUUCAACACGGCGACGUUUUGACCUUCUUCUGCCAGUCAGCCUUCGAACUUGUGGGAGAAAGGACCAUCACAUGUCAGCACAAUAACCAGUGGUCUGGGAACAAGCCCAGCUGUGUCUUCUCAUGUUUCUUCAACUUCACGGCUCCAUCAGGGACCAUACUGUCCCCAAACUACCCAGAGGAGUAUGGGAACAACCUGAACUGUGUGUGGUUAAUUAUCUCCGAACCGGGAAGCCGCAUUCAUCUCCUCUUCUCGGACUUUGACCUGGAGCCACAGUUCGACUGGUUGGUGGUCAAAGAUGAAGGUCUGUCUGAGCCAACAACAUUUGGAACGUUCUCAGGGAAAGAUGUUCCAUCGCAAAUCGCCUCCAACGGACACAUUAUGAGACUGGAAUUUCAGUCUGAUCACUCUAAUACGGGAAAAGGCUUCAAUAUCAGCUACACCACAUUUGGGCAGAACGAAUGUCACGACCCAGGCGUUCCUGUCAAUGGUCAGAGGUAUGGUGACCAAUUCCAGCUCGGCAGCUCGGUGGCGUUUCGCUGUGAUCAGGGAUUCAUUAGGACGCAGGGAUCAGAUCAGGUCACCUGCAUCAUCCAGGAAGGAAAUGUCAUUUGGUCUGCGGCUGUACCUCGCUGUGAAGCUCCAUGUGGAGGCCAUCUUACAGCUCCUACUGGUGUUCUGCUCUCUCCUGGUUGGCCUUCCUUUUAUAAAGACUCUCUAAAUUGCCAGUGGGUGAUUGAAGCACAAACAGACCACGCUGUGAAGAUCAACUUUGAAAGAUUUCAGACUGAGGUCAACUAUGAUACACUGGAGAUCAGGGAUGGCCCCUCCGCCUCCUCCCAUCUGAUUGGUGAAUACCACGGCACUCAGGCACCUCAUUUCCUGAUAUCCACGUCCAACUUCCUGUUCUUGUUGUUCACCACGGACAACAGCCGCUCGGCAGCGGGCUUCAGCAUCAGAUAUGAAAGUGUGAAAAUGGAGUUAGACUCUUGUCUCGAUCCUGGCAUCCCAGUCAAUGGUGGUCGCCAUGGCAGCACCUUUUCAAUUGGCUCCCGCGUCUCAUUUACAUGUGACCUAGGCUACACACCAAGUGAUCAGGAGCCAAUUGUCUGUGAGCAGAAUCAUCAGUGGAGUCACGCUCUCCCCAGUUGUGACGCUCUUUGUGGAGGCUAUGUUUAUGGUAAAACGGGGACUAUUCUGUCUCCCGGCUAUCCUGACUUUUACCCUAACUCUCUGAACUGUACCUGGACUAUAGAGGUGUCUCAUGGGAAAGGAGUCCAUCUGGUUUUUCACACUUUCCAUCUGGAGGAGAACCAUGACUACCUGACCAUUACAGAGGACGGCAAUUUCUUUGUCCCAGUUGCUCGACUCACUGGCUCCGUGCUGCCCCCUAGUGUCAAAGCAGGACUCUUUGGGAACUUCAGUGCUCAGCUACGAUUUAUAUCGGAUUUUUCCAUGAGCUACGAAGGAUUUAAUAUUACUUUCUCAGAGUACGACUUGGAGCCGUGCGAGGAUCCCGGUGUGCCUGCGUACAGCAGAAGGAUGGGAUUCAGAUUUCGAGUUGGUGACUCGCUGGCCUUCUCUUGUUUCCAUGGCUACCGACUUGAGGGAGACAGCAAGAUCACUUGUCUGGGAGGAGGCCGGCGAGUCUGGAGCAACACACUGCCACGAUGUAUAGCUGAAUGCGGCGCCUCCUCAUUGGGGCCAGAAGGGGUUCUCCUUUCUCCCAACUUCCCCUCAAACUACGAUAAUAACCACGAGUGCAUUUACCGCAUCACCACUGAAAAGGGCAAAGGAAUCGGGCUGAAAGCUGAGAGCUUCUCAUUGCAAGAUGGAGACAAUCUCAAGGUAUAUGAUGGAGAGAACACUUCAUCCCGUCUCCUUGGCAACUUCACACGUGACAGCAUGACAGGUUAUGUCAUCAACAGUACGUCCAAUCACCUGUGGCUGGAGUUCAACAGCAACGCCUCUGGAACCAGUCAAGGCUUCCGCCUCUCAUACACAAGUUUUGACUUGGUACGCUGUGAGGAACCGGGUGUCCCUAGUUAUGGCUAUAAGAUCCAGGAUGACGGCCAUUUUGCCAACACUUUUGUCCUCUACUCCUGCAACCCUGGAUACAGCCUCCACGGCAGCAGUACACUGACCUGCCUCAGUGGGGACAGACGUGUCUGGGACAAACCACUUCCCUCCUGUAUCGCCGAGUGUGGAGGACACAUAGCUGGAGCCGUGUCUGGACGCAUCCUGUCUCCGGGUUAUCCUGCUCCUUAUGACAACAACCUCCACUGUACCUGGACUAUAGAGGCUGACACUGGCAAGACCAUCAGCCUCCACUUCAUCGUCUUUGACACCGAGAUCGGUCACGAUAUUCUGAGAGUUUGGGACGGCCCAUCUGGGCCAUCAGACGGGGGGAUCCUGUUGAAAGAAUGGUCCGGCCCAGCCCUACCAGAAGACAUUCACUCGACUUUCAACAUACUCACCCUACAGUUUGAUUCCGACUAUUUUAUCAGCAAGCAGGGCUUCUCUAUACAGUUCUCCACCACCACAGCAACGACCUGCAACGAUCCAGGCAUCCCAGUGAACGGCUCUCGAUAUGGCGACAGUAAGGAGCCCGGUGACAGCAUGACGUUCCAGUGUGACCCGGGCUAUCAGCUGGAAGGCCAGGACACCAUCACAUGUGUUCGGAUGGACAACAGAUUCUACUGGCAACCAGACCCUCCUGCUUGUAUAGCAACCUGUGGGGGUAACAUCAGUGGACCCUCUGGCGUCAUCCUGUCUCCUAACUACCCGCAGCCUUACCCCGCUGGGAAAGAGUGCGACUGGAGAAUCAGAGUCAACCCUGACUUUGUUAUUGCCCUCAUCUUCAAAAGUUUCAACAUGGAGCCAAGUUACGACUUCCUGCACAUCUACGAGGGUGAAGACUCUAAUGGGCCGUUACUAUCAAGUCUCCAAGGCAACCAGGCCCCAGAGCGAAUAGAGAGCAGCAGUAACAGUCUCUUCCUGGCGUUCAGAUCUGAUGCCUCGCUGGGCAUGUCUGGGUUCGCCAUUGAAUUCAGAGAAAAACCAAGAGAAGCCUGUUUUGACCCCGGCAACAUUAUGAACGGCAGUCGGACGGGUUAUGACUACAAACUGGGAUCUCAGGUGUCCUACAACUGUCACCAUGGUUACACGACCGUGGGCGGGGAUACCAUCACUUGUGUCAUGGGGAAUGAUGGGAAGCCAGUGUGGGACAGAGCUCUGCCCUCAUGUAAAGCUCCAUGCGGGGGACAGUAUGGUGGAUCUGAGGGGGUUGUUUUGUCUCCUAACUAUCCCUUAAACUACACCACAAGACAAACCUGCUCCUACUCUAUCACUGUGUCCCCAAAGUUUGUGGUGUUUGGUCAGUUUGCCGUUUUCCAAACGGCGAUGAACGACUCGGUGGAGCUGUUUGAUGGAGCCAAUGAGAACGCUCGACUGCUGAGCUCCCUGGCUGGGUCCCAUUCAGGAGAGACAUUGCCAUUGGCAACUUCCAAUCAGAUCAUGUUGCGGUUCAAUUCUAAGAGUGGCCAGUCAGCUAGAGGCUUUCACUUCGUCUACCAAGCUGUGCCUCGCACCAGUGACAGUCAGUGCAGCUCGGUGCCAGAGCCUCGGUACGGCAGGCGGAUCGGUUCCGAGUUCUCCGCAGGCUCUGUGGUUCGCUUUGAGUGCAGUCCAGGGUAUUUGCUGAAAGGGUCCAGUGCCAUCCGAUGCCAGGCCAUACCAGGUGCCCUCGCACAGUGGAAUUCAACAACUCCAAGCUGUAUAGUUCCCUGCAGUGGCAACGUGACCGAGCGUCGUGGUACGAUCCUGUCGCCUGGUUAUCCUGAGCCCUACCCAAACAGUCUCAACUGUCUGUGGAGGAUCCAUGUCAGUGAAGGGGCUGGGAUACAGAUCCAAGUGAUGACGUUUGCCACUGAGCACAACUGGGACUCUCUGGAAAUCUACGAUGGAGGAGACAUGACAGCUCCUAAAUUAGGGUCAUUUUCUGGAACGACAGCUCCCGCCCUCCUCAACUCAACGUCAAACCAGCUCCUUCUGCAUUUUCAGAGUGACAUCAGCGUGGUGGCAGCAGGUUUUCACCUAGAAUACAAAACUGUGGGUCUUACCACCUGUCCAGAGCCAAUGAUCCCAGCCAAUGGACUUAAAACUGGAGACAGAUAUAUGGUCAAUGAAGUGGUGGCGUUCACCUGCGAGCCUGGGUACACGUUGCAGGGCCACUCACACAUUUCCUGCAUGCCUGGUACUGUGCGUCGAUGGAACUACCCACCUCCUCUUUGCAUAGCUCGUUGCGGUGGGGUGUUGUCUGAGAUGAGCAGUGUCAUCCUGAGUCCAGGUUUCCCUGGCAACUACCCCGGCAACCUGGACUGCACCUGGCAAAUAACCCUGCCAACUGGAUAUGGAGCCCAUAUUCAAUUCCAAAACUUCUCUUCUGAAGACAACCAUGACUUCCUAGAGGUCCGGGCCGGCCCACAGCAUAGCUCUGCUCUUAUUGGACAGUUUACUGGUUCGCAGAUCCCGCCCCCGCUACUGAGCACCACCCACCUGACAAUCGUUCACUUCUACAGUGACCACUCAGAGAACAGGCCGGGAUUCAAACUGAACUAUCAGGCCUAUCAACUGCAAAACUGCCAGGACCCUUUUCCUUUCCCCAAUGGUGACAUCAUCAACAGUGACUACAGCGCUGGCCAAUCAGUAACUUUUCAGUGCUACCCAGGCUACGUUUUGAUUGGACACCCCGUACUAACCUGCCUGCAUGGGACCAACCGGAAGUGGAACCACCCGUUUCCACGCUGUGACGCUCCUUGCGGCUAUAAUGUCACGGCCGAAAAUGGGACCAUCUACUCACCUCAGUACCCCAAUGAAUAUCCCAACUCCCAGGAUUGUAUCUGGCUCAUCACUGUUCCCCAUGGACAUGGAGUUUAUAUCAACUUUACCUUGUUGCAGACGGAGCCUGUCACUGAUUACAUUGCUGUCUGGGAUGGCCCAGAUACACCCAGCCCUCAGCUUGGAGUCUUCAGUGGCAACACAGCAUUAGAGUCAGCAUACAGUAGCAGCCCAAAGGUCCUGAUUCGCUUUCACUCUGACUUUUCAACUGGAGGCUUCUUCAUACUCAACUUCCAUGCUUAUCGUCUGAAGAAAUGCCCUCCUCCGCCUGCUGUGGAGAACGCAGAGGUGAUAUAUGAAGAUGAAGACUUCCAGAUAGGUGAUAUUGUAAAGUAUCGCUGUUUACCUGGAUACACACUGAUUGGAAAAGCAGAGCUUAUGUGCAGUCUCAACUCCCACUUGCUCUUUGAGGCCCCACCACCAUCAUGUCAAGCCCAGUGCCCGGCCAAUGAGGAGCGGUCUUCAUCAUCAGGAGUCAUACUUAGUCCAGGGUUUCCAAGCAACUACCCCAACAGCCAGACAUGCUCCUGGCUUCUACGUAUGGUUCAAGGUUAUACCAUCAAUAUCUACGUAGAGAUGUUCCACAGCGAGAAACAGUUUGAUGAACUAGAGAUUUUUGAUGGCUCCUCGGGACAGAGCCCUCUGCUUGUUGCUCUGAGUGGUAACCACUCAUCUCAGCUGAACUUCACAUCCAAAACAAAUCAGCUCUACCUACGGUGGUCCACUGAUCACGCAACCAACAAGAGAGGAUUCAAGAUGCGAUACUCAGCGGCCUAUUGUAGCAUUAAUGAUCCCCCAGCGAAUGGGGGUGUGGUCAACCGAACCAAACUCCAACCAGGCAGCAGACUGCAGUUCUUCUGUAACCGUGGUUACCGCCUGGUGGGCUCAACUAAUUCCACCUGCCGGCUCCAGUCCAAUGGGCUUUUCCAGUGGGACACACCGACACCUUUUUGUCAAGCUAUCUCGUGUGGAAUCCCUCAAUCGCCAGGCAAUGGCACGUUCCAUGCUUACCAGUACACUGUCGGUAGCCAAGUUACCUACCAUUGUAACAAGGGUUUCCAACUUGACCCUGGUGUUUCGAUGACAGUGGUGUGUUUGGAGGAUGGCACCUGGAGUAAUGCUGACUCAGUCCCAAGAUGUCUACCGGUUCACUGCCCUAUCAUUGAGGGCGUGUUGACGGAUCACAUGACCUACCACCUGCUCUAUGGAGGGUUGGGAGAGUUUUGGUCUAUGGUGAUGCUGGAAUGCUCAUCGGGCUACUUUUUGGGUUUGGGACAUCGGACACUUCGCUGCCUUGCCAAUGGGACGUGGGAAGGAUCCGAUGACCCAGCUACAUGCAAGAUCAUCUCCUGUGGUGAUCUUCCUUCUCCACCCUUUGGGGCCAAACUGGGGACGUUGACCACAUUCGGAGCAACGGCAAUCUUUAUGUGCAACCAUGGCUACACCCUGGUGGGGUCACAUGUCAGAGAGUGCGGAGCCAACGGGCUUUGGAGUGGGGCCGAAACCAGGUGUCUAGCUGGUCACUGUGACUCUCCAGACCCUAUCGUCAAUGGGCACAUAAGUGGAGACGGGUCAAGUUACCGUGACACGGUGGUGUACCAGUGCAUGUUAGGAUAUCGCCUAAUCGGCACAUCAGUCAGAAUCUGCCAGCAAGAUCAUCGGUGGUCCGGAACCACACCUGUCUGUGUCCCAAUCACUUGCGGUCAUCCGGGCAACCCAGCCAACGGGCGGACCAAUGGCAGCGAGUUCAACCUCAAUGAUGUUGUCAACUUCACCUGCAACCGAGGUUACGUCCUUAGUGGAAACGCUCGAGCUCAGUGUCGACUCAACGGACAGUGGAGCAGUCCCCUGCCUGUGUGCAAAGUGGUAAACUGUUCGGACCCCGGCCAUGUGGAGAAUGGUGUGCGCCAGUCUGGCCUACGCUACCCAGAAGUCUUCAGUUAUGGCGUAAGCGUGGCGAUCCACUGUAAACGAGGCUUCUACCUGUUGGGCUCUGCGCUCCUCACGUGUCUUCAUGAUGGACGAUGGGACCGACCAAUCCCUCGCUGCCAAGCGAUUUCCUGUGGAGACCCCGGUGUACCCCCUAAUGCACUGGUGCCUGGAACUCACAGUUGGACGUAUAGUACAGUGCUGCACUACUCCUGUCUGCCUGGAGGGGUGCUGGUGGGCAACGCUACUCGCCACUGUCAGGAAGACGGCAUGUGGAGUGGAGCGCCGCCAUACUGCACAGGUGUGACUCCAGGAAUCUGCGGAGACCCAGGGGUCCCUCCCCAUGGUGCCCGCCUUGGAGGGGAGGAAUUUAAAACCAAGAGCUUGCUGCGUUUCAGCUGUGAGGCAGGAUACAGUCUGACUGGCUCAGCCGAGAGGACCUGCCUGCACAAUGGCACCUGGAGUGGCACGCAGCCUGUCUGUCAAGCUGUAUCCUGCGGUAACCCUGGCACGCCAGCGCACGGCAGGAUUGUCUUCAGUGACGGCAUCACCUUUGGCAGCUCGGUGGCCUAUGCAUGCUGGGAAGGCUUCAAAACAUCCGGCCUGACCACCAGACACUGCACAACCAAUGGGACGUGGACCGGACAACCACCAGACUGCACUGUCAUCAGUUGCGGAGACCCUGGGCCCGUAGCCAAUGGGAUCUAUCUCGGAAGAGAGUUUACCUUCAACCACACCGUGACCUACCGCUGUAACCCUGGCCACCAGAUGGAGCCGCCUGGAUCUGGACGCAGUGUUCUACGCUGCACCAAAGAUGGAACCUGGAACCAAACCAAACCCAGCUGCAAAGUGAUCCAGUGUGGACCAGCUCCUCAGGUGGAUCAUGGGAAAGUGGAAGGAACGGAUCACUAUUGGGGAGCAAGUGUGAGCUACAGUUGUUUCCACGGUUAUCAACUGUCCGCUCCGGCUGUGUUGUCCUGUGAAGGGAACGGGACGUGGACGGGAGACAUACCACAGUGUCUGCCUGUCCUGUGUGGAGAUCCCGGCUCCCCUGGAGGAGGAUUCAGAGAAGGAAACAUCUUUUCAUACCGGUCAGACGUCAGGUUCUACUGCCAUGUCCCCUACUUGCUGGUAGGCUCUGCCUCCAGACUCUGUCAGGCUGAUGGGAUGUGGAGUGGCCAGCAACCAGCCUGUAUAGACCCAGCCUUCAACAGCUGUCGUGACCCAGGAACUCCAGCCUACGGUAUCCCAGUCAUGGCCCAGGGCUUUCAGGUUGGCAGUAAGAUUUCAUUCAAGUGCCGCAAAAACUACCACAUCCUCGGUUCGACCACACGAACGUGCCUAGAAAAUCUAACGUGGAGUGGAACUCAACCAGAGUGCAUAGCCCACUCCUGCAGACAGCCAGAGACUCCCAGUAAUGUAUAUGUUCGCUCUAUGGACCUGCCCACUUUGGGGUACACUCUGAUCUACACCUGUCAGGAUGGUUUCUAUCUGGCCGGGGGAUCAGAGCACAGAACCUGCAAAAGUGAUGGGAAAUGGUCGGGCAAGCCCCCGCUCUGUAAAGUUGGAGUCAAAGUCAACCCCGUAAGCAGAGGAGAGUCAGAUGUCCAAAAGAACAAGAUUCGGGUUCCAGUGGAUGUGUUCUCACCCAACUCUGAGUGGAGCGGUUUCUACGAGUAUCUUGGGAAGAGACAGGCCACCACUCUGACAGUUACUGGCUUCAACGCUACCAGUGGCAGAGUCAACAUCACGUUACUGGAGACCAGUGGGGUGUCAAUCAGACUCUCAGGCACCUAUAAGUCAGAGGAAAACCAGCUGCUGUUGAAAGUCUACCAGGUGAAGGGGCCAACAGAGCAUUACUACAGCAAGUUUAAAAAUGACAACUGGGCGAUGGAUGGAUACGUUACCGCAGAAUCAGACCAGAAGACAUUUGUUUACCAGGGUCAUAUUCACAGUAAAGACUUUGGCAAGUUCCAUCUGACGAGGCAAGGCCCGGUAACCAUGGCAAUGGACCCAUCCAACCCUUACACAAACAGCAGCUCUGUGGCAGCAGCCAUCUUAGUUCCUUUCUUCGCCCUCAUCCUGUCGGGAUUUGCCUUCUACCUCUACAAGCACAGGACGUUGUCUGCUGACACAGAUGACAAUGAAAGACCAAAAGACACCUGGGGGCCCGGCGGCAGGACACGUCCCAAGGUCCAGUUCAAUGGCUAUGUCGGCCAUGAGAGCUCCAACGGUCAGGCAUCCUUUGAGAACCCAAUGUAUGACACCAACAUGAAGCCAACUGAGGCUAAGGCGGUUCGAUUCGAUACCACACUCAACACAGUCUGCACUGUGGUAUAGUCCAGCAAACCUGCCACUCAACAGUGGUUUAGUCCAACCUGUUGUAGUCUGCGGUGUGGUUUAACCAAACAAACAAGAAAGAGCAAACACAUGUUUUGGACGCGUCACCGUGAGCAGUCUGUGUUGUAGCAUGCUGGUCCUCUGUCAGCAUCAUCUGCACAUUAAUGCAGCUCUGCUCGUGCUCCUGAACAAUGGUAUCAUCCACCUCUCCCUGUAGUCCAAAAGGGCUAAACAAGAUGGAACCAACAAACGAGGGAGUAGUCCAUGACACCAUCGAGUUAGAUGAAGUCUGUUGUUCAGGAGAUCAAUACUGGGACCAGAAAUCUUCUUUAAGCAUUGUUGCAGUUCAAACAUCAAGAACGAUCAUCUAUUGUACGAUUAGUACAACUUCCUCCAUUAGCAACAACAUAAUUGAACAGGACCUAUCCAGCGACCGACUGCUUAAGUUUGACCCAACCACGAAAGGGAUUUGUACGCCUCUCGAAUCUCCUCCCUGAAACCUGAAUAGUGGUUUACCCCAACCUAACCACAUACCCCCAUGCCAAAUUUGCACAGUGGUAUAGGUUUACUGACUUCUCCUGCUGUAGGCCAGACAUGAGUUUGACCAUUUUCAACUUAACCCUCUGGGGAAGCACACAGACUAUUCCACCUCGCAGCUCCCACCGAAAUCGAAUAGUAAUUGGACAAUUUCUAUAUGUCAACACAAAAACCAUCACUGGUGCUGGACCAAAUCCUCCCACUGGACUUCCAUCACACUAGACUUGACAGGAUUGGACUCUGAUGUAAUGACAGCUCACACAGUCUGUUUUGGUGGAACCGGAUAUUAAAGGCACAGGCUGCUGUAAAGCUGACAACCAAACACAGUCAAUACAGUGACAAGUUCAAACAGAUCAAUUCCUUUCAAAGAGAGUAUCCUCAUGUCCAGCACUGGAUACCAGAAUUAAAUCAGUACUGCGAGUGGUGGACUAGUGCUGAAUGGAUGAAAUAAUACUUGCAGAUGAGUUUGUUUUAGCCUGGGUUCAACAUAGGAGGACAAUCACAGAGGUGAAGUUGUUUAAAAAAGCAUUUUUAAUGUGUUCCCGUGAUUGAACCCUCUGCCACUUGCUGUAUUGCCUUUAAUGACAGUGUCUAUUUACAGUAUUUGGCAACAGUAAGGCCAAAACAUACAGAAUCAAGCAUUCGCAAAUGUUGUUUUGUCCAGGUUUAGUACUAGUAUGUUACAAACAAGGUCUAAAUGAAGUUUGGAUAUUAUAAAUAUUCUACAGAGGUACUACACCCCUAAAAUAAGUCAAAUACACAAUAUUCCACACUAGCACCUGAUACAAAGUGCUGGACCUGAAUACCAGACAUUUGAGCUGCCCGACUGGUGUACACAAUGGACUGGUUUCCAGUGGCCUGUCCAACACAAUCUGAGUCAGACGACUGAUUCUUGCUCUUGGCCUGGAUUCGCUGUGGAAGCUUGGAGGCAAUAAGCUGUCAAGAUCUUCGACCGCUGCAUUCGGCUGCUUCUACAUCGAGGAAAUGAUUUGUCUUCUUGUAAGUCCAGUCCGGAUGAUCAGUCAAGUGAUUUUCUUUUCUGCAGCCGCGACAUCCGAAACAGAUGGACACAUAGACUGGUUGACCGACAGAAAUUAGACAGACGAACACAGACGAAUGGACAGACAGACACCUUUGUCAAUUGUGCUGGGAAAAAAAGAGACAAGGACAGGUUGCUAUGGAAGGGGAGACAAAUAGUUGUCUCCUGUUGUCUCUUCUAGCAUUUUUCUUCAGUGAAGAUAUUGAUGAACAGACUCUCAUGUUCAAAAGCCCAGUGGCCCCAUGGGACUUCCCAAACUAUUGCUGCUGGGGACCCCAAAAUAUAAACUUUAUAUAAACUCUUAAACUGCACAAAUUUUGCACUAGUGUGUUUUUCUGACUGGGUUAUUAAAAAAACUAAGAAUUUUGGGUCUGAAAUGGGUUUGAAAAAUGAGUCAUUAAAAAAACAAUUGAAUUUUAUUCAAAAGCUUCUAUCUUUAAAGAGAUGACAAAAUGUCUAAAUACAGGGUUACAGAGUGUUUGUAAAUACACAUUUAUAUUUCAGACUCCCUGUUAUCAGAAGGUGUGACCACAUGCUAUGACGUUGUUUAUUUUGUUGCCAUUACAACACGCUAGCCAAACCCAGUAGGUUGGAUCAGUUUACCUUUGGACCUCCGAGCUUCUAGUGUCACGUGCUGGCAACACACUCCUGCCGUUGAUAGAGCAGUGGCUGUUUCUGAAAGCUUCUACUGAAUCCUGCUACUAUUAUAUGUGAAGGAAAUAUUUAGAAAGCCUCACAUCAGUUAUAUGCAGUUUGGUCCCACUGUGAUACUAGGGUACCACGCUGCUAGUUUUAUUUUCCGGUAUUAUACCGCAUCAUUUUCUGACAUACUCGAUACAGACUCGUUUCUCUCUGUGAGCAUCUUGUAGCAGCGGACAGUACAAGUUCUCAGAAACUCGACGUGACUGUUUCUCCUCAACUCUUUAAAAAGAUGUGUUCCAAGUGUUCCCCACUACUCACAUCAUCAUGCAUCAUCUGUCUACACGUCAGAUGUACACAAUCAUAUUUCAACACACCUUUUUAAAGAGCACUGGGCGCACGUGUGAUCUGUUCUAGAUCUGUCGCGUAAGAGCAGAGUACGAAGAGACACAUUACUCUGACAACAUGCACAAUUAUUGUUGUCGAAACUUGUCGCCCCCUUCCCAACACUGAAACCCCUCCAUUGUUUGAGAAAUACCUCGUCUGCAGACAGUAAGUUACAAACUGCUUAUCAAUGCUGGAACCUCACUGCAACAAAUACACAAGCUUAGCGAGGGCGACCUCUCUUUGUGCUUAGUUCCUGGUAAUUUUAGUCAAAACUUUGCGCUAGCACCCAUAAAUCUGCAGGAUCCAAGAUAAUUCACUGGUUUCAAAUCACUUGCCAAGCUUGUUAUUUCUUGCAGUGUUCCGUCUAAGAUAUUUUUAUUUUUUGAAAGAUGCUGCACUUGGUUUAGAUCAGAGAUGUAACUGCUUUCAGUGUUUGUCCUUCACUCAGCGCAUCACAUUCUGGCAUUAGGAUUUUACACUUCAGAAGUUUUAUUUUAACCUGCAUGGUUUUUAUUGUCCAACUGAAUUUCUCUUUAUGGUUUUCCAUGUUUUUCAGUCAUUCAACCUGUCCAUCAUAUACAAUAAAUCAGAAAUUCAUCCAUUCACACAUACAAUAUCAAAUGGUGAGUAGAUCGUAUGAUGUCAGAUAAUGAAAAAUGAAAAUCUACUACUGAUUAUUACAGUGUUAUACUCAAGACUCAGAUCAGCGAGUAGCUUUUUCUGAGAACUCAAAUACUGAAAAAAACAUGUGGCAUGAGAAAGUUGUCGCAUCGACCUAUUUUGAAAGACUGAAAUAACAAGUCGGUUGUUGUUUCUAUUUAAAUUUUAAUUGAAAAUGACUCUGCCCCGGACCUGACUGCUGCAAAUGAAAUGUUCCGAAGCAAUGUGAUGAUGUCUAGAGGAAUGUCAACAGGAUAUUCUUGGUAUUAUAACAUCCAUUGUCAGUCUGGGGUCAAACAGCCACAGACAUAAACAGCAGUGUGACACACAGACAGUAGAAAUGUGCAGAUGUGUGUAGGAGCUAAUUUACUGGUGAAAGUAAAAGAGUGACAAGACAGAAGAGUCCCAUUUAAAAUCUCUUCACAGGAAUAAACAAGACAUCUGUAAACAACAGCAGAGCGUCUGCUCACAAGCUCGUACGCUUCCUCUCUUUUUAUUGCUGGAGUGCACCCAGUGCCUCCAUUUUAAUUGAUUCAAUUAAUUCAGAGAAGAUUUCGUGGAGUCCUGGAGUCGAGAGUGCAUAAUGGAGCCUGAAAAUUAGAGGCUGCAUGGUUUCCAAAAACCAUAAUAAAAGGUCUAAUUUUUAACACUUAAUGACACAGAUCUGAUCACCCGCCGUGCCCAGAGAAAGAGAAUUCUGACUCCUAUAAAUAAUGGCGUGUGAAGAUCAGAGAGGUGCAGAAGAGGUUAGAUUUCGGAUCUCACAGAAACUCAGCCGAAUAUAAAGCAAAUAUUUUUGCAGAUCCUCUAAGGUUAUGGUGUAUAGGCCAUCAUAACAUCUGAAGCUUACGGCAGAGCCCUAAAAUUAUGACUGACUUCUGAAAGCCCACGAGGAUGCCAGAUGAGUUAAGUUUUUAUGACUGCCGGCACUGACACCCAUCACUUUAAGAGAGAUUGACUUUCCCCUAGUAGCCUUUCAAUGUUCCUCUCAGUGACCAGCUGUGCAGAGGCAGAUGUUUCUUUCAGGAGCUGUUUUCACUCACUGCUUUUCUUGUGUAUCGUCAAACAUGGAGGGUGUGGUUUCAUUAUGUCUCAAGCCUUAAGCUAUCUCUGAGCCGUUCAAACAUGGAUAGUGUCCCUGUCAGUUUCAUUUUCCUUUAUACUUAGACAGAGGUUUGAUAGAGUGUUGGUGGAACAUGUGUUGAUUAAGCUCUCGAAUAUCCUGUUGAAAAGAAUUUAUUUACAUUGGACUCUUCUUAUGCUGUGUCAUGGUAGAAGUUCAGAUGAAGUUCAGCACAGAUGGAAGUACAAACAAACGAAAUGUAUAUGAAUAUAUAAUUAUACAAAGAUAUUUAUAUUCAAUAUGCAAGAACAUCUAUUUUUUUCCAUUUAUUUUAAAUAAUCAUUUUAACACGAUCAUAAAAACAUUUCCAGUUUCACCCUGAAAUAGGACAGGUCUUUAUGAGUUUGGAUAAAUACAUAUUAAAAAAGGAUAUUCUCACCUAUAGUUAGAAGAAAAAAGUUUUAAGACUGAUUUCUUGAGGCUCAGCGCAGGUUGUGGGUUCGAACUCUAUCGUCCAGCCCCGAGCUCUGAUUAAGACAGCUCAUGUUUGAAAUGUUUAUUUCAGCAGCAGAGCAUGGAUAGAGUUUUCUAGGCUCCGGAUAAGAUAACAUUCAUGACAGAGCCUACAGGUGGAUGCUGGGGUGGUGGGUGUGCUUAAUGGAAUACUGAUACACGGCUGCAAUAAUAUUGAGAAGCAAAGGGAGAGAUGUGCUUAAAAUUAUUUUAAGUCUUAUUAGAAUCAAAUUGUCUAACAAAAGCGUACUUCCUGUUAUAACAAGAUUAUCUCCUCUGUUCAUUUCCGUUGGAAAACUUUACAACUAGGCAGCUGUAGCUACAUACUAUACAGGCCUCUACUUGACUCUGUCACUCGACUUUCUAAAAGUGCAGCGUGUGUUUUAACUGAACAUGACACAUCCCCGCUGUGAAGAUGUCCUGAAAGUUUGGAUGUCUUCUUCCCUCAAACUUUUGUUUCAAAAUGGUGUAAAAGUUCCAACUGUGUCCUUCGUUUGACAUCGUCAGCAUUUCUCAAUUAAAAAGCAACAGCUGGCUGCAAGUAAAAAAAUAAAUCAAAUGAAACUACCCACUAAAUUUUAAAAUGUCAAGGUUGUUUCUGCUUCUUCAGCUGAAACUUUUUCACAGUUUGGGGGAAACAAAGGUUCCACAUUUCUCCCUCACUUCCUCUAUAGUGGUUUUGUCAGCAGUCUUCAUUGAAACAAAAGAGCCUUGGUAUGCUGUGAGAUUAAAAAAAAUUAAAUACAGGCUCAAACUUGAAAUGUCACACUUUGCCUUUUCACACCGUGUCACAUGGUGAGGCGAGUUACUAGAUUACGUGUGGAUGUGAUCUAAAUCACAUCUAGACGGGGUCUGGGGCAGUUUAAACACUGGUUCAAAGCACACACUUGCAGGGACAACUGCAGAGUGAUGGUGCUGAACUUUCCCUGCCGGAAUAGUGAAGGAAAAUCCAGUUUCAGUGCAGCGUGGGUAGGAAUCAAGCAAUCCAUGUGUUCAAAAGUGGCUCAGUUGCCUAUCGACCUGUAGAUGGAUUUUUAUCUGUGAAGGUAUUUUAUUGCGAGAUAGAAAUCGGACCUUUCUGUUUUUGUCUCGGAGUGUCUUACACACACACACACACACACACACACAUUGCAUACUUUAUCUGGGCUGCUUAGGUUUCACCUUUUAGCGUAAUCUAAUUAAAGUAUGAAGUUCUGCAGAGUUAGUUUGCCCUUGACAGGCCUGCACCUUCUCCUCCACACUUUGGAGAGGACAAACAUCUCAUGCCGCACGUUAAGAAUUGGAGCUUUGAGGAAAAUCUAAACCCUAGUGAUUUAACUGCAGCCCUGCUUCACAGUACAAACAAUGACAAUCGUCAUUUCAGCACAUGGCCGUUGUAGAUUGCGAUAUUACAUCAUAUUUAACAACUGUUAUAUCCAGAGGUUACGAUGACAGGAUGCAGCAACAUAUAUCAAAAUGCAGUAAACCGCUGCAGUAAAAUGCAGUACACCACUAGAUACAUCGGAAAAUGUGAGAAGUCAUCAUUAAAAGUUAUCGUUUUAACCAUCACAUUCACUGUCAUUAUCAUCAUGUGCUGCUGAACUUGAAGUAGGUGCAAAAGAGAAUUUUUUUUUGUACAGAAAUCUAUUUUUUAUGGAGAAUUUGUAAAAAAAAAAAAGAGAAAGAAACUUAUUAUUAAACAUGCUGUACUUUUUAUGAUUAAUGAUGUAGGUACAAAAAAUCUUGUUCAUUAAAGUCAAUGUUUUUACUGUAUCACACCAUGUAAAAAUCUACGGUUCAAACUGAGUAUCAAAUAUCCAAAUGUCACAUGAUCCCUUUUGUCUAUUUCGGCUGCUUUUACACAGGAACCUAAAACCUUUGAGGAAUCUGGAGUAAAACUUCUGACACUCACCUCUGGGUCACAAUGGUGAAACGCAUCAGUUUUAUGAAAUGAUGUGACACUACAGCCCAGUUUCGCUUUCCUUUAAACACUAAAUCAGCAUUCAUUGGAAACUAUGGUAUAUCAUUUGAUCAUACAGAGAACGGUAUUGAGUGCUACAAAAGUUCUCUGAGCUUUGAUGAUCCCUCAUUAUAAAAUGUAUUUUAUGUUCAAUUAUUCUUUUAGUUGACUUACAUAUAUACAGACACAGAUGAUUAGUGUCAUGUGUCAUGGUGGGUUUGAAAACAACACUUCCUUUUAAGAACAGUGUUCUUGUGUAACAGCAGCCCUGUAAGACUGGUUUCUAACGUCUGUAACUGGGAGAGAAAUGACUUCCACAGGCACAAAAGAUUUUGGAUGACUUGACCCCUUUACGGCCCAAAGUACAACCUUGUGUCUAAACCAGGAGGAAUGUGCUUCUCCUUGCUAAGACAUUGCGGGUUUAGAAUGGAAAAUAAAGUUUAAAAGUUAAUUCCUCCUCUAGCAGCAGCUAUGGCAAAUCAGCCACCAUCUGGGAGGCUUCGUUGUCCAUCGGUAAAAUAAGACUGGUACUCAAGUUUUGAAGUGAAGGAUGGAAAAUCUGUUCUGUUCGAUGACAGAGAAACAACAAAGAGUGUUAUGAAAGGUUAAACAACAGUGUGUGAAUGCAGCCUCACAGCCUGCUGCUAAAGAGACUCAGUUUAUCUAUUUUG